CCCGCCUCAGGUCAAUGGAGAGGCGCCUCCUUUGGUAGGAGACGCCCCGGAGUCUCGCCUGCGCUACGCAGCUCCGCGAUCGAAUGUAUCUGUACCCUCGGUAGGUCCAUCGGUAUUCUCACAUCCUAUGCUGCUAGGUCGCCGCGAGAUGGAUAGAAAACAUCUUGCUGAUCGAGACUAUCCGCGCUAUGGCACUGAUGUCAAGAGAAGUGAACAUCUGAUGAUGUCUGGGCCUUUGGGAUCAUGCAAUGACCCUGACUGCACUGAGUGCCCCUCAGCUUAUAAAACCAAAAGAGGACUUCAAAGGGGCUCCAUGUCUAUGGAUAAAAAGCUCCGUGACAUUCUAUAUGGGAAUAAUGAUAGCUGGACCAAAAAAUGGGCUUCUCGUCUUGAUACAUAUUUCCCCAUCAUGAAUCCUCACACUAAAGUUGUGCAACGAUGGAACAAAUUCUACCUCAUUUCUUGCUUUGUUGCAAUCUUCAUCGACCCACUGUUUUUCUUUCUGCUGUCAGUAGAGGGGGAGAACAAAUGUAUAGUUUUUAAUUGGUCUUUGGCAAUUACGAUUGCAGUCGUAAGGAGUAUGACUGAUUUCACUUACUUGUUGAACAUGGUUCUUCAGUUUAGACUGGCAUAUGUUGCUCCUGAAUCUAGAGUGGUGGGUGCUGGGGAUCUAGUGGAUCAGCCGAAGAAAAUUGCUCUUAAUUAUCUAUAUGGAUACUUUUUCUUGGAUUUUUUUAUAUUAUUACCACUUCCUCAGGUAAUGAUAUUAGCAGUGCUACCAAGUUAUAUGGGAUCUUCAGAAGCAAAUUAUGCCAAAAAUCUUUUACGUGUCACAGUCCUCCUUCAAUAUAUCCCACGACUAAUUAGAUUUAUUCCAUUGCUCGGCGGGCAGUCUGCAAGUGGUUUCAUCUUUGAAUCAGCAUGGGCAAACUUUGUCAUUAAUCUUCUUAUGUUUGUGUUGGCUGGGCAUGUAGUGGGUUCAUGUUGGUACCUUUUUGGCUUGCAGAGAGUAAAUCAAUGUCUACAAAAUGCUUGUGCUUCAUCAAAUGUUACAAGUUGUAGAAUUAUGAUAGAUUGUGGUCGUGGAGUUGAUGCACAAGAAGAUAGGGAUAGUUGGAAAAAUGAAAGCACUUCUACUUCUUGCUUUGAUUCUGCUAAUGGAGGCUUUAAUUAUGGAAUUUACCAAAAUUUAGUUCUGCUGUCCACAGAACCUAGUGCUGCAAAAAGAUAUGUAUACUCUUUAUUUUGGGGUUUUCAGCAAAUCAGUACCUUUGCUGGUAAUCAAGUUCCGAGUUAUUUUCCAUGGGAAGUUUUAUUCUGUAUGGCAAUCAUUGGAUUAGGACUUCUGCUUUUUGCACUGCUCAUUGGGAAUGUGCAAAAUUUUCUCCAGUCUCUUGGAAGAAGGAGGGUAGAAAUGCAACUUCGACGGCGUGAUGUUGAAAGAUGGAUGAGCCAUCGGAGAUUACCUGAAGCAUUAAGAAGGAAAGUAAGACAGGCUGAGAGAUUUACUUGGGCUGCUGCCCGUGGCAUUGAGGAAGAAAAGUUACUAGAAAAUUUUCCGGAGGACGUGCAGAGAGAAAUACAUCGCCAUUUCUUUGGGUUUCUCAACAAUGUCCGCAUUUUCUCCCUAAUGGAUGAGCCAAUGUUAGAUGCUGUGUACGAGAAGUUGAAGCAAAACUUGUAUAUUAGAGGAAGUGACAUCUUCUACAAGGGAGGUUCAGUCGAGAAGAUGGUUUUUGUUGUCCGCGGAAAAUUGGAAAGUAUUGGAGCAGAUGGAAACAUAGCUCCCCUUGCAGAGGGAGAUGUAUGUGGUGAGGAGCUUCUAACAUGGUGUCUCGAGCACACUUCAAUAAAUAGAGAGGGAGGAAAAAUUCGGUUCCAUGGAUCGCGGUUGUUUUCUACUCGUACUGUCAGAUGCCUAACAAAUGUCGAAGCAUUUGUUCUACGUGCUGCUGAUCUAGAAGAAGUUACUGCUUUAUUCUCCCGGUUCUUGAGAAACCCACGUGUGCAGGGUGCUAUCAGGUACGAAUCCCCGUAUUGGCGCAACAUCGCUGUAACUCGCAUUCAAGUAGCUUGGAGAUAUCGGCAGAAGCGUCUAACGCGGACUAAUACCCCGAAUAAUUGAUCUGAUAAUUAUAGUUCUCAUCCUCAUCACCAAACAUUCUUCAUGUUCAACUACAAAUGCUUUCAUGUCCAUAGUCAUACUAGACUCUUUAGAGUUUAUACAUGAUACGACGAAGGUCGUCUUUGAUGCUGUUGUCUUGCAUAGAUUCAAUCAUCCAGCAGUUGAGGCAGUGGAUGAGUUUUAGAGCAACCAGUAUUGCUUUGUGUAAUCUCAAUUGAGUUACACUCCUGCUGUAGUGUAUUUGAUUUCAUGGAGUUAGGUAAAGAAUGGAAUAACUAUUCCUAACACAUGGAACAACUCACUGGAAAGAAAACAGAAACGUCUAUUUUGUAAUUGGUUUAUGGAAUAUAACAUGUGU